AUGCAUCUAUCUUUCACUAAUAACUUAAACUUGCUAGCAAAUGGUACAGAUCUUGAUGAUUUAGUUGAGGCAGCUCUUCUAUUUUAUGGUGAGAAGAAACUCCUUGACUAUACACCACUUCCCGUGUCUUUGGAGAAAGAUAAUGAUCCUUUUUUACUCACAUCUCCUUUGAAGUUUCCUGGUAAGCUGGCGAUUGAUAUCCCCAACAACGGGCUCUUCAUUUUGGACAACAACCACAACAGAAUAGUGGUAACUGAUUUAGAUGGGAAUUUUAUGGUCCAAAUCAGUAGCUCAAGAGAGGAAGGUCUACGUGAUGGAUCCUUCAAGGAGGCCAUGGCCACCUUUAAUCAUCCUCAAGGCACGACUUACAACGCAAAGGAAAACAUCCUUUAUGUUGCAAAUAUUGAAAACCACGCUUUGAGGGAGAUUGAUUUUGUUAAUGAAAAGGUGCAAACUCUUGCUGGAAAUGGAACCAAAGGCUCUGACUACCAAGGGGGAGACAAGGGAAGCUCUCAGCUCCUCAAUUCUCCAAGGGAUGUCUGUUUUGAGCCAGUAAAUGAGAAGGUUUACAUUGCAAUGGCUGGCCAACAUCAGAUGUGGGAACACAAUACACUUGAUGGAGUUACUAAAGCUUUUAGUGGCUAUGGUUAUGAAAGGAACUUGAAUGGAUCAAGCUCUACAACUACAUCAUUUGCACAACCGUCCGGAAUUUCAUUAUCUCCUGAAAUUUAUGUUGUGGAUAGUGAGAGUAGCUCCAUACGAGCAUUCAGUCUAAAAACAGGAGGAUCAAGACUGCUAGUUGGUGGUGAUCCAUUUUUCUCAGACAAUUUGUUGAAGUUUGGAGACCAUGAUGGAACAGGAUUUGAAGUCCUUCAACAUCCACUAGCUGUCUUUUGGUAUUUUGCAGAUAGCUGCAAUCACAAGAUCAAGAAGCUGGAUCCAACUAGUAAAAGGGUCAAUACCCUAGUAGGGAUUGGGAAAGCUAGUUUCAAGGAUGGAACAACCCUAGCAGCUCAGUUGCAAUUAGGACUCCCUACUGUUGGUUCUGCCUUCAUUUCCUCCUCCAUUCAGAAAGGUGUAUCUCCAUCUUCCUCUGACUACAAUAAAGCAUCUGCUGGUGCUACUGUUUCAUCAGAAUAUGCUAUAGGAAAUAAUGCAUCUGCUGGUGCUGCUGUUUCAUCAGAAUGUGCUAUAGGAAAUAAGUCAUUAGCUAGUACUAGAAUUAGUGGAAUCAGUUCUUCAGUUUGUAAUAAGGAAGCUGGUAGUUUUAAUAAUAAUUUUGGAGCAUUAGUUAGUCAAGCUGAUUGUAUGCCAACAGAAAACUCUGAUGUAAAAGUUAGAAUUACUAAGCUUUGGCAUGCUAGAUUGGGGCAUCCACAUGAGAAAAACUUGAAACGUGUAAUGGAUANUGUUUUGUAG